AUCACCAUCAAGGUUGAUGUAAUAAUUAAUUAAUAUUACGAUAACCAUAUUUGGUGGUGAUAAGUAAAAAGUUGUUAUAUUUACAGUAUAUAAAUGUCUACAUUGAUUUAGGCUUAAAAUAUCAAUCACAGUUUGAUUGAACUGGAUUAAAUAUUUGUUACCACCGAUUAAAUAACCUAAUUCUAUUGGAUCAAUAAAUAGCAUUAGCAGUAAUGGCAGCAAACGGUGACUUUGAUAUCGAUCACUACAAAGCGGUCGGGAAGUCCCGAGACUUUACCGGAAAAGUAGUUCUGGUGACCGGUUCCUCGUCCGGCAUCGGAGAGGGUAUUGUUAAGCUGUUCUCACUAUUGGGUGCCAGUGUUGUGGUCAAUGGCAGACACGCCGAUACUGUCGCCAAAGUGGCCAAAGUAUGCCAGAAGUGGUCGCCGAAACAAUUAAAGCCCCUGGAAGUGGUGGCAGAUGUGGGCAAACCUGAAGAUGUAGAGCGUUUAAUAAAAACCACGAUCGAACAUUUUGGCAAACUAGACGUAUUGGUAAACAACGCCGGCCCCUACACCACAACCAACAUCACCCAGACCGAUUUGCUGCCCAUAUGGGAUGAGACAUUCUCGGUCAAUUUAAGAGCAAUAGUACAGUUGACACAACUUGCUGUACCCCAUCUGGAAAAGACCAACGGAUCCAUUGUCAACAUAUUGGCCGACGAGGCCAUGCAACCUAUAAAAAUUAGUCUGGCAUACUCGACAGCGAAGGCUGGUCUGGACAUGUUGACAAAAAUUCUAGCCCUGGAAUUAGGCCCAAAACACAUCCGGGUUAAUAAUGUUGCGCCUGGUCAAAUUCAAAUCAACGAACACCCGAAUCCAUUUCAAAUGUACGGCGCUAAGAUUACCCCGCUGGGUAGACUAGGUCAACCAUUGGACAUUGCUAAAUCUGUAGCAUUCUUGUCAUCCACUGACGCAGAGUUCAUCACCGGUAUAACCCUGAUCACUGAUGGUGGUAUAUUGGGCAAUAUGGGUGCCAUGAACGUAUUUACUGGUUAACAAUCUUAUCACGGAAGUUAUAUUUUUGAAUUGUUAAUAUUAAAU